AGCAGGCACGAAUAAUCGAAAACUCGCCAGCAUAACCAAGAUGGCGGAAUUGUUCGCCAAAUACACAUGCACCAACUGCCAGGAGGAUAUUUCGGGGAUCCGCGUCCACUGCGUCGUGUGCACGGACUUCGAACUGUGCCUAGCGUGUUUCGCUGCCGGAGCCGAAAUCGGACCGCAUCGCAAUGACCACUCGUACCAGUUCAUGGACUCGGGCAUUCUGUCCAUCUUCCGCGGCAAAAGCGGCUGGUCGGCCCGGGAAGAGCUGCACCUGCUCGAUGCCAUAGAGCAGUACGGGUUCGGCAACUGGGAGGAUAUUAGUAAACACAUCGAAACCCGCACCCCGGAGGAAGCGAAGGAAGAGUAUGUGUCCAAGUUUCUGAACGGCACGAUCGGGCGACACACAUGGCAAACGGCGGUCGACCAGCGACCGAUCCUCACCGAUCACACGUCGGACGAUACGGGGCCGCUGAGCCAGCUGCUGAUACAGAAGCUGCCGCCGAUGGACUGUACCGCAGAGGAGGCGGCCGCUCUCGGGUACAUGCCGAAUCGGGACGACUUUGAGCGCGAGUACGAUCCGACGGCCGAGCAGCUUGUGUCGACGCUCUCGCUACAGCCGGACGAUGAGGAUGUGGACAUGCUGCUGAAGCUUGCCCAGGUCGACAUUUACACCCGCCGGUUACGGGAGCGCGCCCGAAGGAAGCGGGUCGUGCGCGACUACCAGCUGAUUGGCAACUUUUUCCGCGGCAAUAUGAAGCGCGCCCGGCAAACCCGCGACCAGCGUGAAUUCCGCGAACGGUUACGCACGUACUCGCAGUUCUACACCUCGCUGGAGUUCGAACGGCUCAUCUCUUCGCUGGAACGCGAGCGAGCGCUUCGGAUCCGGCUGUCCGAGCUGAACCGGUACCGCUGGAAUGGCAUCCAGCGCGUCGACGAGUGUGUGCAUUUCGAGCAGCAUGUUGCCGCGGCCCAGUACCGCAACACGGGACCGUACGGACACGGGCGCACGCUUGCAUGUAUAAUCGGUCCAAACGGUCAGUCGAUCACCGGUUGUAUACGACAAAUUUUGACAGGACAACCGAAGCAGAGGCGGCUCUGGAGAGAACGUCAAAGGGGCAUCCUCGGCGUCGGGCAGCGGAACGGGCCCAAUGGUGGGGGCGGGCCCGCAGACUGCGACACACGGGGCAUCGGCAAGAAGAAGCGAAGACGCCCGCGGCUCAAAUUCCACCGACCGAAAGCCCACGCACCACACCGACGACCGGGGCUGCUCCGACGACUCAUACAGCAGCAAAAACUGCUUGGAUAGCUUACAGCGGGAGGCAGUGACGAACCCGGGCGGCCAUCAUCAGCCGACGAGCGGUCAGAAGCACCACCACCACCACCACCACCAUCAGGCGAACGCCGCCGGCGGGGUAGGAAGCCUGGCAGCCGAUCCGGCCCAGCAGCCCGGGGGUCAACUGCUAACGUCUAACGAGAUCCAGCUGUGCAGUACGCUCAACAUGCCCGUCACGCGCUAUCUCACGCUGAAGACGGUGCUGCUUAGCCGGCCCGCGCUCGACCACAACAUCAACUCGGUUGCGGAGAGCAUCGUGAAGAAGUAUCUGGUCAGUCGCGGCUGGUUGCAGACCAGUCCACAGAACUAGAAUAAUGGGGGGCAUCAAGCGCUUUUUUUACCACCUCGUACGAACAUACACACACACACUACACAUCAGCACACAAGGAAACAUUUUAGUUGACGUUGAUUGAUCUCAUUGCACUGCAAACAGAAACGCACCGCUAAUAGUGCGGGCUGCGGUCGUGUUGUCUGACGCGAUGCUUUUGAGCUGCUUUUAUUUGGUAGUUAUUUAGCUGCGAAGCUCUACAUUUUUAGUUGGGAUGUGUGUAAAUUACUCGUGAACGAAUUGUAGUUCUUUUAAGACAAAAUCCGUUUUUGCUUCUCGUGGGAACAGCGCGCCGGUAUAUUACGCGCGCGCCGGUAUUGUGUGAACGAUGCCAUAGUUUCGUUAUCGAAAAUAGUUCACAUUCCCACUGCGUGAUAGUAGAUGCUUUUCGAUUUGCAAUUAGAUAGAGACACGCAUUCGAUAUUGUGCGUCAGGCGAUAUAAUAGUGGAUUUAGGUGCAUGAAAUAAUUCAAUCUCUACUCUAGAAUAACAAAACAAAAAAAAACAACCAAUUGUGUACAGUACGAAAGGGUAUGAAAAUGUUCUUAUUUUAUUAAUCUUAAAUAAAUCGUUACAAUUUAAACUAGAAA